CAUCUUUCGUCGUUGAAUAGAAGAGAAAAUUAGCGGAGGGGUCUUAGGUUUAUUCAGUGUUGUGGAAACAAAUAAAAAGGUUCCAGUUUUUAGCCAUUUCGUUGCUGGUUUCGAAUUUCUGACAUUGUCGGAGAAAACUGUGAAAGGUGAAAGCUUUGGAAUUUGAAAAAAAGGUUUUUUAUUUUAGCUUUUGUGACUAUGAAUAGAAUAAGUCAAUUACCUGAUGAGCUUCUCUUGAAGAUAUUGUCGAUACUGCCAACGAAAGAUGUUGUGGCCACAAUGCUAUUGUCAAAACGAUGGCAGUUUCUGUGGACUUUGGUGCCAAGACUCGUAUACGAUGAUAGCUAUCAGAAUCCUGAGUAUGGAAGAUUUUCUAGGUUUGUAGACAGGUCUUUGUUUAUGAACGAGGCUCCAGUCAUUGAAACUUUGCGUUUCAAACUUGGUCAGAUCUGUGGUAGUGGAGAUAUUCAAGUGUGGAUUAGAGCUGCACAUAAAUGCUGCGUGCGUGAGCUGAUUAUCGAGAUCGUUACUUACCCUAGUAGUAGAUCUCCAGUCACACUUCCUAAGAGCUUGUACACUUGCUGCAGAAUGCUUGUGACAUUGAAACUAAGCAACGCGGUUCUUGUGGAUGAUGUUGCUUCCUCGGUUUCUUUCCCAUCCUUCCCUGGUGAUGAAUUCGUCAACAGGCUUUUAUCCAGUUGUCCUGUUCUUGAAGACUUGGUUGUGAAUCGAAGCACUGGUGAUAAUGUGGCCGUUUUCAACAUUAUAGUGCCUUCUCUAAAGAGUUUAGUCUUGCAUGGACCAUGGAUAUUUGAAGCCGAGGCUCAUGGUUUUGUGAUAGAUGCUCCUUCUUUGGAGCUGUUGGAUGUUUUAGAUACUACAAACGCUUUUUUCGUCAUUAGGAGUAACAUGCCUAAGAUUGUGGAGGCAAAUGUUGUAAUUUCUUGUGACCAUCCUGAGCAAAUUAUGGGCUCUAUUACUUCAGUCAAGCGCCUCUGUUUAUGUGUGAAGGACGCAUAUCCUGCUGGUAGUAUCUUCUGCUGUCUGUUGUCUUUAAAGAUAUGCACAUGCGAGACAGAAUGGUUGAAUCUACUUAUGCAUGUGCUCAGAGAUUCCCCUAAACUACGAACUCUCAAAUUUGAAAAGUGCCGUGGACCUGAGAAUGUUGAACCGCGCCAGAGCUGGAUUGAACCGAGUGCAGUUCCUGAAUGUCUGUCAUCGAGCCUUGAAACCGUGGAAUGGGUGAAGUAUAAAGGAACAGAGGAAGAGAAAGAAGUGGUAGCAUUUAUCUUAAGAAACGGAAGCUGUUUAAAGACAGGAACUAUAAACCCUCUUCAAUCCACCAGCCACCGCGAGAAGUUUGAAAUGAUCAAAGAGUUAGCGUUUUUCGCCCAGGCGUUCGCCUACUUUCCGGCUUGCGUUUAACUGAUGUUACUUACAGGUCCAGCUCUGAAGGAGAAAGCAUCUUUAACAGUCAGUUAAGUUACUGUCAUUUUGGUUGGUAUUUGGUCUGAGAUGUUGGAAGCCCUUAGUGCUUGUUCUGUCUUCUUUUUCCAAACAACUUUGUAAUGUUUUUGGCAGUGUAUCUUUGCGUAGUACGAAGAACGAAACUUAAGGAACAACUAUAUUAAUUAUCUUCCUUAGUUUAUAUGCAGCAUAUAAUAUUAUGGUC